GAAGCGAAGGUCCUUCUAAGCUCUAAUUCUAUAGUGUAAUAAUUUGCAACGCAAUUUUGAAAAACCUGAGUGUCCCUUUUCUCUCUUCCGAUACAAAAGCCCGUUGUUGUUGGUGUUUCGGUCUGAAAUCAAAUCAAAAUCAACACUGUGCGCUGCGGUUAGAAGAGAUUCAAUCUGAAUCUGAAUGGAAGCUAUCAGAAAGCAAGCCUCCAAACUUCGAGAACAGGUCGCUCGUCAACAACAGGCUGUGCUUAAACAGUUUGGGGCUGGGGGAUAUGGAGGUUCAGAUAAUAUGGUUACUGAUGAGGUAGAGCUUCAGCAACAUCAGAAACUUGAGAAGCUUUACAUAUCAACACGUGCUGGAAAGCAUUAUCAAAGGGAUAUUGUCCGCGGUGUGGAAGGUUAUAUUGUAACUGGAUCCAAGCAAGUUGAAAUAGGAACAAAGUUAUCAGAAGAUAGCAGGAAAUAUGGUGCAGAUAAUACAUGUACCAGUGGUAGUACUUUAUCAAGAGCUGCGCUAAAUUAUGCACGUGCCCGUGCACAAAUGGAGAAGGAGCGUGGGAGCUUACUAAAAGCUCUUGGCACACAGGUUGCAGAGCCCUUAAGAGCAAUGGUGAUGGGAGCUCCAUUGGAGGAUGCCCGGCAUCUUGCUCAACGUUAUGACAGAAUGCGGCAGGAAGCCGAAGCCCAGGCUAUUGAAGUUUCCAAACGCCAGGCAAAAGUAAGAGAAACACCAGGCAAUGCUGAGAAUGCUAUGAAGCUGGAAGCAGCUGAAACAAAGCUGCAAGACCUGAAGACUAACAUGGCAAUAUUGGGAAAAGAAGCAGCUGCCGCAAUGGCUGCUGUUGAAGCACAGCAACAGAGGUUAACCCUCCAGCGACUUAUAGCUAUGGUUGAAGCAGAGCGUGCCUAUCAUCAAAGAGUACUCCAAAUACUUGAUCAGCUUGAGGGAGAGAUGAUAUCAGAACGACAACGAAUUGAAGCCCCUCCUACACCUAGUGUGGAUAGCAGCAUGACACCACCCCCAUCAUAUGAGGAAGUUAAUGGUGUAUAUGCUUCUCAAGCACAUAAUGGCUCAACAGAUAGUAUGGGUUACUUCUUAGGAGAGGUUUUAUUUCCCUACCAUGCUGAGUCUGAAGUUGAAUUGAAUCUAUCAGUUGGGGAUUAUAUUGUCAUUCGAAAGGUGACAAACAAUGGAUGGGCUGAGGGUGAAUGCAAAGGGAAAGCAGGUUGGUUUCCAUUUGGUUACAUAGAAAGAAGGGAGCGAGUCCUCGCAAGCAAGGUGGCUGAAGUGUUUUGAAUGUUUCUGUUUGGUUGAGUUGGUGGUUUCCUGCCUCAGGGAUUAUGUAUGUGCGUAUGUUUUGGUUUUGUGCUUAAUGGAUAACGUGUGCUUACUGCUUAGCAUACAACAAUCGAUUUGUGAUAUAUAGAUGACAUGUUUUUUCUUUUCUUGUGAUUAUCGAUCGCUUUAAGAUUCUCUUUUGUAUUAGAAUGAUAAUAGGUAUGGUUUAGUUAAAAGUAUUACAUAUUUAUA